AUGCAGUCCCUAGUAUGCGGAGAUACGAAUGGAACGAGUGGACGAACGCACCGCCGGUCGUCACGUUUGUCGUUUGUCGCGGCGCAUUUUUCACGACCGGUAAUAGAAACUCAACAAAAACAGGGAUAUCGAUGGACGACCGGCAAAAAACGCACCGGCUUCGGGGGUAUCGGCAGAAAAACAGCACUUUCGGCAAAAGGCGAAAUUGCGAAAGGCGAGGACGCAGGCGCAGCGCAGUUGGUGCGAAUGCCGCCGUCGUCGCAGUCAAAGAACAAACCUCCUCCGAAAACAGCCGACAGUCGUUUCGCCGCCCAAACACCGUUGCCUCAUUGGCGAAUUCGUCGCGAAACUGUGAGGGUGGACAGGACAGAGAAGCCGCCGGCAAACUGCUGCUGUGACUGA